GCCCUCGGCUGAGCCCACAUGUAAUGCAGCCCUUGAGUCUCUGCAUUCUGAGGCCGAAGCCCGAGCCUACGGAAGCACAAUCAUCUACAGUGUCUUCUAACGAAAAAGAAUUUAUUGCUUCUUUGGAUCCUCUGAAGAAUGACCCGCUGGAUUCCGAGGCGCUGCUUACUAUCGAGCAUUCAUUCAAGCCUGAACAAGUCGGCCCUCUGGACUCAUUGAAGAGACGUUGCAGCUCUGUGACUGGGGAACCGCUGGUACCCUAUGUUACUAAACAAGAUCAACGGGAUCACACAUGCAAAUACUGUGGCAAAUUGUUUUCUUUUGAGUGCCGUCUUCGAGCACACGUAGACGCUGUUCACUUGAAACUACGCCCCCAUGUAUGUGAGCUCUGUGGGAAUUCGUUUCCAACAAACAGCUAUCUGCAAUUGCACAUCCGGACCGUACAUCAGGGUAAGUAUGGAGCUUAUGUUUUGUCUUAUUUUAAUUGUAUCACACGGCGUCGCUCCAUCGUCCCCAUCACGAGGCAUCGUUGA